AUGUCACAGGAGCAGUUGACAGAGGCGAUGCGAGAGUUCGAUCGCCUCAUCGGGAGGAUGGAAGAGAACCUCCAGAUGAGGAAUAAGCUGAUGACACAACAGAACGAGAACGAAGGAGUCGCGAAGGAACUGAGCCAGCUUGAGGAAGACUCGGUGCUGUACAAAGUUGUUGGUCCAGUGCUCGUUAGACAAAACCGAGGAGACGCAACGGCGACAGUGAACAAAAGACUUGACUACAUUCGAGGAGAACUGCAGCGGUGUGACAAACUCGAUUCGGACAUGAAAGCUCAAUUAAAGGAGGCCACCCAGCGGAUCGAGACUCUUCAGAAGAAGAUGUUAGAUCGGGAGAAACAAAGAAGUGGACGCAUUUAA